GAUAAAAAUAAUCAGACGAUUCUUUUUAUUUUUUCUAACUCGUUUUGGGUUUUUUCUCCGUUUUUCAUUUUUAAUCACGAAAAAAUCGCCGCGGUCGUCUAGUCAGCUCGGUCCCGCAAUGUCGGCGGUGCGGGCCUACCCGUCGGUAUAACGACGUCGUCUCGUCUCGUCCUUUCAACUCCCCGGUGGUAUGCGGUCUCCGAGCGAGGCGGGCACGGGUGUCCGGCGCAACGGACCCUGCAGCCCGGUACCACCCGGAAGUGGCUCGAAGUCAUGGUGAAACGGUCGCGCGUGUACUGUAACAGCAGCAGCAGCGGCGGCGGCGGUGCCAAUCGGCGUAGUGUUCUGGUGACGACGUUCCGUGCGUUGGUGUUGUGUGUCUUGUUGUGCGGUGGUGCUGUGUUGGGUUCGCCGCCCGGGGACCGUUCCCCAAACGCCGCAGCGAUGAUGGUCCCCGAACGGAAGCCGGGGGUCGGUGCCGGUAGGAUAGCGGCGGAGAACGUCGCGACCGCAGGGUCGGCGACCAGGUCCAGCAGGUCGUCGGACAGCCUGUCGCACAUCGUGGGCACCGCCAGGAAAAUAAAAAUGUUCAUCAGACACCGAUACCUGCAGUUGUUCCUGGACGGCACGGUGAACAGCACGUACAGCGAUACGAGCGAUUACGUUAUCUUGCAGAGAACUUCGGUGAAUCUGGGGCAGCUAAAAAUUCAAGGUGUAGCAACUUGCAUGUACUUGUGCUUGGACGCGUGUGGCCUGCUAUACGGCUCGAAGGAUUUCCUGGACGAAUGUGUGUUCAACGAGACGAUCGAACAGGACCAUUACAACACGUAUUCGUCGGCCAAGUACAGCGACGAUUCGCGGACCCUUUACCUGGGCAUCAAUAAGAGCGGUUUGCCGCGCCAAGUGCAGGUGAAGGCUAACGCGCCGCUGGGCAAGUUGUCCAAGAGCACGCACGUGCUAACGCAACCGGUGUCACAGAAGACGGUGGAUAGGGUGUUAGCCUCGCGGGGGCCGAUGACGGGCGAGUGGCCGGAUUCGAUACCGCACGCGCACCGACACCAUCACGUGUGUCCGCCGCACGUGGGACCACCGCUGGUCACCGGCAGCAACAAGUACCGGAAGUCCGGACGGAAGUGCCAGCCGAAACCGAGCGGUGGUGGCGGUGGUGGUGGAGGCGGCAAGAAAAACCGGAAGAAGAACAGAGAAGAAGCGGUGGCGAUCAAAGACGACGAGGACGGCGGCGGUGGCAAGAAGAACGGCGGCAACCGAUGCGGCAACGACGAGACCAGUCACCGGAAGGCGGACGCGGCGGGCCGGAAAAAGAAAUCGAAAAAGUCCACGGGUUGCGGCGGCAAAGGCGGUAAGUCGCAACGGUUACCGCUGGGCAAGGCGUCGAAGAAACCCGAGCCCGGCGGGGCAGCGGUCCAGUCGGUUACCACGGUCGUCGCUCCGUCGCUAACCGUCGACGAAGACGCCAGCGCGAUCGGCGGUGGCGUCGGUAGUGGAAUCGUCGGCGGCGGCGGCGACGACGAAGACGACGAGGACGCGCCGGCCACUGCGGUUCCAGCGGACGACGAGACGAGUUCCUAGACUUUAACGACAAUGAUUAACUCGUAAUGAUAUAAAAAUCGUACACUAUUCUAUUCGCAUAUUACGCUACGUAGUAAUUACGCGCGUAACAUUAUGUUAUUACUGUAUUAUUAUCAUAUUUCAACGCUGUACUACUUUCUUUAUUAUUAUUAACUAUUAUUAUAAUUAAUUAUUAAUAUUAUUAUUAUUAUUAUUAUUAUUAUUACUACGAUUACGGUCUUAUCGUUAUUACUACGCAACACUUCGCGCGAUGGCUUCGUCGAUUACGAAAACAAUAAUAAUAAUAAUAAUAAUAAUAAGCCUGUACAUAUUAUUUAUGCAAGCACACCCGUACGAACGUAUACCUAAGCAGCCGCCUGAACACGUCCGGGAAUCGGAUCCGUCGAUUGCAUUUGUCCUGGCGCCAUCGCGAUCGAUAACGAUACAUUUAUGACGCGCAGUGUCGCACACGCUUCGCAUAGCGUUACGAUCUCGGAUCGCGAACCGGCACGGAUCACGAACGAUCGGCAGCGACGCGAUCGCGUGCACGUUUCGUCGCUCGACCGGUAAGACGCGGACUCCGAAAACGACCGAUUACCACCGGUAAGCCGACCGCGCGCGCCGCACGUUGGUCCGCAGCCGUUCGCGUUUCCAACACGACCCCGUUCCCGUGUACGCGCGAACGCCCCUCCGUUCGCUGCCGCCGACCAUCGGACUCCGGCGCGUUUCCGGCCGCUGGCCGCAACCCUGUCCUCCCGUAACUCCACCGCGUCAUUGCAGCACGAGCGUAGGACGUUUUAUUGUUCGCGCGCCACUCGCAGUCUCGGUGUUCACAAUGAACGGUUCAGUAUUCUCAUCGCAAUAUUAUAACAUAGUUUUACGUACUACGAACACGACGUGUGGGCACUACGAGUGAAUGUUCACGCAUGGCAGUUUAUUUACGCGCCCGUCAUCGAUUGUCCCUAAAACGUUGAUUUCGCAUGUUUCUCUCUGGACAACGUCAACCGCGUUCGUACGAUAUUAAAAUUUGUUCACAUUCCAAAUUUUAAACACAAAAAAAACCAGCGCAUGACAUGAUUGCCCACCUCGUUCGUCCUGAACGUCUUAACGUACCCCAAACGAACGGCGAACGUAUUAUCUACAAUUUUUUUUGGUAGUCCCGUACCGAAUGUAAAUAUAAAUAUAAACUCGUGUAAUCUCGUGCACUCAACAAUGAUUUUUUUUAAAACAAGAAAGAUUUUUUUUUUUUUUUAUACCAAAUAAAAUUAUUUUAGUUUUUCCUACGUUGUACAAAUUUAUACUAAAGUGUCGUUUAUAUUUAUUCGAUUUUUUUUUUCAAUUUUUAAUUUUUAAACAUGCCUGACUAGUUUAAAUAUAUGUAA